AUGCAUUUGUUCGGGCUGCCGCAGCAGACACUCGCGCCGGAGAGGCAGCAGUGGCAGGUCUGGGGGCAAGCACGCGCGCACUUGGACUCGCUGAUUGACAGCUUCGGAGGCACGAAGCGUGGCUCAGAACGCAAUUGGAUCCUGUUAAUCUGCUAUUGCAGUGCUCUUGUCGAAAGCAUCUGUGUGAAAUACCUUCUCCAUGCAGAUCAGCUUCUAACUAGGGCAAGCGAGAGGAGUCUGCGUCCCUUUGCUACGGUGCUGGAGCCUUCCUGUCCGUAUCCGGGAAUCAAGGACGCUGCGCGAUUUUUAAAAAAAGGUUUCCAGAGAAUGGUAAAUGAUCGAUGGGGAACCAUGAACAGCGUUUCGGAACUCGAAGAUGGACAACGACACAAAUCCCAGACAUUCUGUGAGUGCGUGCCAAGCCCUUCUCAGCUCAAGCACCGUUGGUCAGACUCUGACACAGUCAAACAGACUCCCCCCAAGAGGAUGAGCUGUAGUUACCUCCUAUGUACAAUCCUGCUUUUUGUGGCCGUCCUACUGGCUGUCACAAUAACGGGAACCAUCCUCUUCAUGAACCACUACCAGGCUCCACCCGGGCCGGACGGCCCCCCUCUCAUUAGCACCAAUCAAGAUGAGAGCAACGCCCUGGUGACGGUCGAGCGGGGCGACGGUUCCCGCAUCAACAUCUUUGUUGACCCCAACUGCCCGGACUACAACAACAACUUCCUGCGCCUGGAGGGGGUGCAGACGUCACUGCUUCACUCGCUCACCGACCAUGACUCCGACCUCAAGUCCGUCAAGGGUCAGGACCACGCCCUCCUGGUCAGCCUGGCUGAGGAGGUGGCGAAGCUCUCUGCCCAUGCCAGUCAGCUGAGGAUGGACUACGAGUCCCUGCGGCGUGGCCAGGGGAACCUGGGGCAGGACCUCAACACCCUGCAGACAGAGCAGGGUCGGCUCAUCCAGCUGCUGUCGGAGAGCCAGAUCAACAUGGUGAAGGUGGUGAACUCGGUGAGCGAUGCCCUCAACUCCAUGCAGAAGGAGACGGGCGUCAAGACCCGGCUGAAGGCGGAUCUCCAGCGGGCUCCUGUCCGCGGGGCGCGGCUCAAAGGCUGUGCCAACGGCUCUCGGCCUCGAGACUGCAGCGACAUCUACGCCAACGGACAGAGGGAGGACGGGAUAUAUUCCAUCUUCCCCAUACACUACCCCUCCGGCUUCCAGGUCUUUUGUGACAUGUCCACAGAUGGAGGCGGCUGGACGGUUAUCCAGCGCAGGGAGGAUGGAUCUGUCAAUUUCUUCCGUGGUUGGGACUCGUACCGUGAAGGGUUUGGGAAGAUCACUGGAGAACACUGGCUGGGUAUGAAGCACAUCCAUGCCCUGACCAUUCAGGCUAACUAUGAGCUACGCAUUGACCUGGAAGACUUUGAGAACAGCACAGCCUUUGCACAGUAUGGAACCUUCGGCGUGGGCCUCUUCUCUGUGAACCCAGAUGAUGACGGAUACCCACUGACCAUUGGGGACUAUUCAGGCACUGCAGGCGACUCCCUGCUGAAGCACAAUGGGAUGAAGUUCACCACAAAGGACCAGGACAACGACCACUCAGAGAACAACUGUGCCUCCUUCUACCACGGUGCCUGGUGGUACCGCAACUGCCACACGUCCAAUCUGAAUGGACAGUACCUGAGGGGCCAGCACACCUCCUACGCUGACGGCAUCGAGUGGUCGUCCUGGACGGGCUGGCAGUACUCGCUCAAGUUCACCGAGAUGAAGAUCCGGCCUACAAGGGAGGAGAACAAGUGAGCCGCACCACUGCCAGGAGGAAGAUGCUGACAACUAGGCCGCAGUUGUGAAGAUAACUCUUUCUUGAGUAAUGAGGACUAUUCAAUUAAUUUCAUAUUCUCUCUCUUUCCUGUUGAAUCCUUGUCCUCUCCUUCGCCCUAUUCCUCUGCUUACUGUGCAACCCCCCAACCCCCCCGCCCCCCCCCCCCCCCAAAUGACGUUUCCUGAUAACCCAGUAAUGUUGCGAUGAAGCCCCCAGGGCAAUCUGUCAGUCUGUGUCACUCUGUCCUGAUUAGAUCUUUAGAUCUCUGAACAUUAUCAUAAUUUUUUGGAGUGAUUCUUAUGCCCUUAUCCCCUUGUCGUUUUUUGAGUGGUUCUCCAAAUGAAUGAGGAUGCUUUCGGCUGCAAGUGAAAACCUGCUUCUCCAGACAUGGUAUGGUAGUAAGACUUUGCUCCCAGCAGAUUCAGAUCCUCCCAGUCAGUUACUCAUGUUUUGACAUUGUGUUUGCUUGUUUGUUCAUUCACAGUGGAGUUCAUUCCUGCUGCCAGCAGCUGCACUGCACCUGGGUUUGUUCAGUUAGUAUCCCCCCGACCUCUGAUGACACACUGACAGCACUAGACCCUGAUCAAAGGGUGGAUUGCUCAUAGAGUCUGGCACAUUGAUUCACACCACUAGAGACACACCAGGAACCAAGGAGGAAAUGGUAUCUUGUGGGAGUUUGCGUCACAGACAUCUGAAGGAGGGCUAUUGCAGGGCUAAGAGAAAUCAUAUUGGCACCUGAAGCAGGAGACAUAUGGAGGAGCCAGCCUCCCCAUGUGUGAUUGUGAAAUCAAGCUUUGUGCUGGAAUUUUUGGGGGUGGCGGGGUGGCUCUGUCACAAUUGUGACAUCUACCUGUGAUUGGGCAGCAGUGGCCACUUCUUGGCUUGGGGUGGUCAGUCUUGACAGAGGUUAGUGAGAUGAAUCAACAGGAGUGGUAAACAAGAUGUCAGAAUCAAAGCACUCAGAUCGCAUUCAUUUGACAUCAGCCAUUAAUGAGCAUAUUGGGCACUUUGUCUGAGCAGCUGUGCCAGCUGAUUGUUGGCCAAGCACUGCAGCAGCUACAGAUGGUACUGCAGUGUGUGUGUGUGCAUGUCUCUCUCUCUCUCUCUCUCUCUCUCUCUCUCUCUCUCUCUCUCUCUCUCUCUCUCUCUCUCUCUCUCUCUCUCUCUCUCUCUCUCUCUCUCUCUCUCUCUCUCUCUCUCUCUCUCUCCCCUCUCUCUCUCUCUCUCUCUCUCUCUCUCUCUCUCUCUCUCUCUCUCUCUCUCUCUCUCCUCCUUUCUCUCUCUCUCCACCAGUGUGGAUUGGGCAGAUACAGCCAUGCUCCACAUGUGCUCGUUUGCACCUUUUUACUACUGCAGUCAUCAGAGUAUGAGAUAAAAAUCAAUUCGCCGACAUGCUGAGACCGCUCGGUUGUAAGAAAUGGCAGGAAGACAGAGGAGGCAUCCCACUUCUCACAGAAGUCCGUUAGUAAUUCAGCCCCACCAAAUCAAAACCUGUAGCCAGUGGCACCACGCCCCCAUCCCCCCCAGUUGUCAGCCGUGAUGAACACCAAGUCAAGGACGAGUGCAGGCAUAGCCGCCUAGCGGAACAGACAGAUGUUCCAAUAGAUGCGCGCUAUCCACCUGAGUAAUAGUUCGUAUGUCAGUGCGCAUCUGACUGUCUGAGUGAUUACAAUAUAUCAGAGUGAUACAUUAUCUCUGACCAAGACCCUGUCUUGGGGAACCGAAGAGCCAGACAGCCUUCCUUUAUUCUUGAACGCGGUCUUUGGUGAGGGGGGUAUUCGUUUCACUGCAGUCCGUCCGAUUAUUACCUAGGACUGGGAAUAGCAAUCUUGUAGAUCCACUCCAGUUCCAGGAGUAUACAUAAUUUAAGUGGUGGGAAUGGGCUGUAUCGCUCUGCUCCUCAUUUAGAGUUACACGGGUGCUCUGAGUGCACAGCAGUUGAGGAAUUUCAAGCAGGCAAGCUGCCACUGACUCAUAUCUUCAACGGGAUCGAAAAGCUGGCCACAGCGGUAAUAAAAGCGUGCACUCUUCCAGUCAUUCAGCAUUAUUAAGCUCCACCCAUUCCUCUCUGUCAUGAUAAAAAAAACUUCCCACACAGCACGGUUCCCAGGUAACAUAACGCCCCACCCAUGAAUGAAGGGAUUUGCGUCACAGGGCAUCGCAAUGCUUUGCAACCAACAAGAGUAGCCUAGCUUCUUUCCUUUUUCUCAUUUUUGCAUUUUCAGUUUUUGUGUGUAGUUUUUUUUCUUUAUGCCAAAUUGCCCUUUUUGAUAAUCCCCUAGAUUGUCAUGCUGUUAUGAGGAUCCUGUUGUACGCAAUGUUUGAGUGCUUUGCGAUUCCACGUUCCAUCUGAUGAAAUUUAUAAAUGUGACAUUGAUUCUUCAUGGUAUGGGAGCUUGAGAGGCAGGCUGUUAAAGCAGAAUGUAUUCAUACAUACUGAAACAAUGUGUCAUGUUUUAUUUGAAAUACUUCUUGUUCCUUCUGUCUUUUCUUCCUUUUACAGGUGUGCAGUGUGAUGCACAGUAGUAUUUUAUUGUAGUGUUUAAAAACAGUAAUUGUUAAAGCUGCAGUGAAGGCCUGAAAACCAAACCUGUACCUCAUUUAAUUCUGAAUAGGAAUUCAAACAUGUGUCACUUGUGCGUUAAGAGGAAAAAGUAAUCCUGAUGUGUUUCUGUACAGUAUUUUGAAAAAAGAGAGAAAGAUUUCGUUAACUUAUCGUGGGGAUGGACUUGUGCAAUUAUAUAUACUUUUUUUCAGGUUAUGUAUGUAUCAAUGUAUCUAUUUCUUCAUUUAUUUACUUUCAAUAUUCUGAAAAGCUUUAAAACGUGUAGAUUCAUUGUACAGUGUGUACAUGUUAGAGAGUUUUAGAGCAUGUGGAAUUGUUUUCAUACUUGCGGAAAGAUAAUACAACUAGAAGCACACUGACUUAAAAAAAAGAAAAAAACAGAACUCAACGGUUGUUUGAAUUGAGGUAUUAAAUGAUUAUGCCAGUUAUUUUUAAAUUUUCUCUGAUGCCCAAUUGGGACGUUGGGAUAAGUAUCCAUCCAACUUUUGAUGAUAGUGGGUGUAAUAGGGGAACAUAUGGACUUAUAUUAUCACAUAUAAAGUCCAUAUUAUAGGAACUCUGGACACCCAAGUGAUUAAAAAACUGAUGGUUGAAAUCCAGGUCUGUUGGACCUGCCUGUUAGUAAAUUUGUGUCACCUGGUGAACCUGGUCCUCAAGAGACAGCAGGCUGGGAUACCCAUGCACACAGAUGAAGAAAACAUUAAAAAGAAAGUUACACUAAGUCUUUUACACUUCUCUCCCCACUCUAUUCAAGCAAACUAUCUGAGAGCUGGCUCAACCACCCUCUGUCUGUGACAGCAUUUCUCAUUGCUGCUAAUUUCAUCCAUACAAGGGAGGUGGAUUAAUACAGUAUGUGGAGUACUUUCAUUCAUAAGGUUUAUGAGCAAGACAAAACAACUAGUGAGUAUAUCAGCACAGUACUGUUCAUCCAGCACAAUAGUGUUAACACACCUGCCCGUUUAAUUUGUAACGUGUGUGAUCUUGACAAAAAAAGUCAUGUUACUCAAUAAAUUGUGAAAUGCGA